AACAUGGUUCCAAAUGUUAACGUGUAUGUGAUCUUUGUUCUCUGGAGGAUUUUCUUUGUCGAUCCGGAUACUUGCAUGUUUAUCCGCCAUGAGCAAGUCCUUGGCCCCCCAGCAAUAUUUAUUCCUGACUUCCGUGCAGUAAGCUGAUAUCCGAUCCAUCAUUCUCAGAAACCAUAUGUGCAUUUCUGAUAAUCUCGGUGAGAUUGGCCCCAAUUAGACUCAUCCUUGCACCCAAGUCUUCUUCACAGACCACUAUCCACACAUAUCACUCGUAGCAAUGGCUACCGGUCUGCGGCGCAGCAAGACCAUGCCGGCCGAUGGCCAGACGGCCAAGUUCCUCUACACGAUCAUAAAGCAGCUGGAUCUGAAAUCGAUCGACUGGAACCUGGUAGCAUCGCAACUGGAAAUCUCCAAUGGACAUGCUGCACGCAUGCGCUUCUCUCGGUUCAAGCAACACAUGGAAGGCAUUCCGACGAAUCCACGAAACCCGAGACCGAAGAAGACUCCGAACAAGAAACCCGCGAAGGGCGGUCUCAAGGGAGGAUCCGGGAAAGAGACCACUCCGCCGCAGAUUCAACCGAAAGAAGAGCAUCCGGAUGUUCCGUUCAACCUGUCGAAUCCGUACAACGUCAAGAGUGAGCCAGCCCCUGAGUCAGCACUCUCGCUUGUUCCGCCGGCCAUGUCGUCCAUAGCGCCUGCAACAGCGCCAAUGCAGGCUGCGGCGUCCCAGAACGUCUCGUAUCCCUUUCUGACGGUAGCGCCAGCAGACCUGACCUUGCAUCAUCCUGUGCCUACUCAUCCUUCGAACUUUUAGCCCCAGUCUCAUUUCUAUCACGGGCAGCAUCUAUGGGCUCCUGUCAAGACGGAGCAGCAGGAUGAUGUGCGUAUGAGCGAUGUAUUCGUCAAGGUGGAGCCACAAGGGAACUGACAGGAUAUUCUUCAUUGGAUUGUGGCCAAAGCACAUGAAUGUGUCCUUUCUGUAUGAAUAUGUUAGCUUCUCUAGAGUCUCGCAGUGUUAUCCCAUGUGUAAACCUCGAAUACCAUAUUGAAC